ACAUGGGAUUGCAAGCCAUUUCAGACUAGCAAACUAGCCACAAUCACUUGCGGUCUGCCAGAACUCUGCACCCCAGCGCAACCUCUUCUUUUCUUGGGGUACUAGUCAAUCCAUCUCGUGGAAGCAGACUGGGACCGACUCCGUUUCCCUUGAGGAUUUAUUUAUUAGCACAUUUUUUUUAUUUUAUUAUUAUUAAACUGUAAAUAAAUAAAUAAAUAAAUAAAAUAAAACAGUUUUAAUUUUGUUCAGAUAUCCAUGGAGAAAAUGGCAAGACCUCUCCCCAUGAAUUCAACUUUCCUACCUCCAACUCAUGGUGUGCUGAAAUCGCUUUUGGAAAAUCCAUUGAAACUGCCCUUUCACCAUGACGAAGGGUUUGGGAAGGAGAAGGAGAAGGAGCUGGAGGAGGAUGUCGGCGGGCCCACCACCCCACAGUCGGCCUUCCUGGGCCCCACGCUGUGGGACAAGACCCUGCCCUACGACGGGGACUCCUUCCAGCUGGAAUACAUGGACCUGGAGGAGUUCCUGUCGGAGAACGGCAUCCCCUCCAACCCCGCGACGCACGAGCAGAGCCAGCCCCAGCAGCAGGGGCCCCCGGCCUCGCCGCCCACCCCCAGCGUGGUGGACCUGAGCAGCUGCGCUAGCACCUCCCUGCACCCCGCCAGCACCUCCCUGCACCCCGCCCUGGUCGGCCAGACCUGCCUGCCGAGCCCCAGCCGGCCAGUGCUGCCCCCAUCUCGCAACACCCCCAGCCCCAUCGACCCAGAGACCAUCCAGGUCCCGGUGGGGUACGAACCGGACCCGGCCGAUCUGGCCCUGUCCAGUGUCCCGGGCCAGGAGGUGUUCGACCCACGCAAGCGCAAGUUCUCCGCCGAGGAGCUGAAGCCACAGCCCAUGAUUAAGAAAGCCCGCAAAGUCUUUAUCCCCGAGGACUUAAAGGACGACAGGUACUGGGCGCGACGCCGGAAGAACAACGUGGCGGCGAAGCGUUCUCGGGACGCGCGUCGUCUGAAGGAGAACCAGAUCGCCAUCCGGGCGGGGUUCCUGGAGAAGGAGAACACGGCGCUCCGUCUGGAGGUGGCAGACCUGCGCAAGGAGCUGGGGCGCUGCAAAAAUGUUCUGGCCAAAUACGAGGCACGACACGGACCCCUGUGAACACCCCCAAAACCCCAUCCCCAUCCCCCCCCGCCUUUUCCGAAUACGAGGCACGACAAGGGCCCCUGUGAACACCCCCAUACCCCCCGCCUCUCGCUCCAUCUGAAGGACAGUCCACCCUGCCCCAUCUUCAUUGACAAUAUCUCUUUCUAAAUAUAUGUAUAAAUGUAUUAUACAUGUGUGAUAUAUGUUUAUACAUAUGUGCGGGCGUCCCGCCCCUCAAUUUUCUGAGCCCUCCAGACCCACUGCCGUGGUCCUCCACUUUAUUUACACCUGUACGUUUGUUCUUUACGUGCAUUUCUUCUGUACGUACGUUUGUUCUUUACGUGCAUUUCUUCUGUCCGUACGUUUGUUCUUUACGUGCAUUUCUUCUGUACGUACGUUUGUUCUUUACGUGCAUUUCUUCUGUCCGUACGUUUGUUCUUUACGUGCAUUUCUUCUGUACGUACGUUUGUUCUUUACGUGCAUUUCUUCUGUACAUACGUACGUUUCUUCUGUACGUGCGUUUGUUCUUUACGUACGUUUCUUCUGUACGUAUCUUUCUUCUGUACAUACGUUUGUUCUUUACGUCCAUUUCUUCUGUAAGUACGUUUCUUCUUUAUUUCCCAUCCAUGUGUUUUUCCGCUCAAAGGUAAAACCAUAUUGCUCCAACUCCUCCCGGGUCCGUUUAUACUCUCCGUCAGGACCUGACUGAGAACCGUUAAUACCCCCCCCACCCCACCUCUUCCUCACUUUCAUUCAGUGCUGCUGUCCCCGCCCACAACCCUCACCUGUUCCCUCCUUACCUGCAGGGACUCGUUUACCCUUCUCAUCGCCGUGGAAACGCCACCCUUCUCAAAACGGCAACCUCCAUUUUUUUUUAAAUUAUCUUUUAUUUGUUUGUCUUUACUUUACCCACCGACCACCAAUCAGACUGCCUAUGAAGCAUUAUCUUUUUGUUUAGCGGAUCCUCUGAUGUAUGUUGUUGUUCAUGUUGUGCUUUUUAGUUUUUGGUGAUCGCUCGUCCUGGCCCUCUGUUCAUGUUAUAAAGUGCAGUGACAUAACACAAGCCCCCCCCCCCCACUGCCCCGCCCGCCCCCCCCCCCCACUGUCCCAGGAGUAAUCUCCCGCCAUGCGCUUGAGUUUAGUGCUGUAACUAACCCCGCCCCCAGCCUAUCGGAUUGCUCCGGGAUAGAACCAGUGUUUCUUUUCUGAACUGACUGAAGCAAUAAUCCUCUCCAAGCAUAUGCUACUGUACAACCAUACACCCAGGUACUGUCCUGUGGAUGUGGGCCCACCCCCACUCCUCUCCCCCCCCGGUCCUGCUCGCCUGUACCCAGGGCAGUUACGUGAACAUGGUGGAAGAUGCCCCCCCCCCCCCCUCUGAAUCUUAAAAUGGCUGUAUGGGUCCCCCACCCCUUGUCCUAAAUCUCUGCACUUUUGCGUGAUCCACAAUCAGACCUGGUGCAGUUGUGUGUCCUGUUGCGGUCACAUCUAUGUGAUGUCUGCAGUGUCUAUGGGUUGCUUUUAACCUUUUUUUUUUUUUUUUGGUUUUGUUAUGUUUGGUAAUACUCAAUUGUUUCUUAUUGCGAGAGUUAUAAUUAUUAAGAAGUUUAAAUGUUUCGCAUGAUUUCUGUUUAAAUACACAAAUCUAAAGCUUCAGUCCGUUUGCGAAGCUGUAAAUCUGCCACCAUUUUUUUUCCUGAGCAUGAUUAUAUAGCAUUUCAACAAGUGUAUAAAUAAUAUAUAUAUAUUAUAUAUAUACAUA